CUUCAUCUUUAACCCAAAACAUAGAUAAAGCAACUCUCUUUCUUUUUUUAAACACCCCACCCCAACCCAAAACCCUUGAUGAAAUUUUGAUCCUUUUCUUUCUGGGUAUUUUUCCUUUUUCUUGUGUUCCAACCAUGGAAUAUGAUAGCAUUCAAUGCAUUUCAACCUCCGAUGGAUUGGCCGAAGAAGAGAUCCAACAUCAUCAUCAUCAAUUUUCUUCAUCAAAAAUUCAUAAUGUCAAUGUCGUUCCUUCAACCACCACCAGUGUUCAUGACCUUCUUGAAUGCCCUGUCUGUACAAACUCAAUGUACCCUCCCAUUCAUCAGUGUCACAAUGGCCACACGCUUUGUUCAACCUGUAAAACACGGGUGCACAACAGGUGCCCAACUUGUAGACAGGAGCUUGGUGAUAUAAGGUGUCUUGCAUUGGAAAAAGUGGCUGAAUCGCUCGAAUUUCCUUGCAAAUACUGCCCCCUUGGGUGCCCUGAGAUCUUCCCAUACUACAGUAAGCUGAAACAUGAGCUCAUCUGCAAUUUCAGGCCAUACAGCUGUCCAUAUGCUGGAUCGGAGUGCUCGGUGGUUGGGGAUAUCCCAUAUUUAGUUACUCAUUUGAGGGAUGAUCACAAAGUUGAUAUGCACUCCGGAUGCACUUUCAACCAUCGUUAUGUCAAGUCCAAUCCACGCGAAGUUGAAAAUGCCACAUGGAUGCUAACGGUUUUCAAUUGUUUCGGGCAGUAUUUUUGCCUGCACUUUGAAGCAUUCCAGCUGAGCAUGGCUCCGGUUUACAUGGCAUUUGUGCGGUUCAUGGGGGAUGAAGAAGAUGCCCGGAAUUACAGUUACAGCUUGGAGGUGGGGGGAAAUGGCAGAAAGCUGAUAUGGGAGGGCACCCCUCGCAGCAUCAGAGAUGGCCAUCGAAAGGUGCGGGACAGCCACGAUGGCUUAAUUAUACAGCGAAACAUGGCCCUUUUCUUCUCUGGUGGAGAAAGGAAAGAACUAAAGUUGAGAGUUACUGGUAGAAUAUGGAAAGAACCUCCGAACCCUGAUGCUGCGGUCGGCCCUUGUAUUCCCAAUCUCUCUCUGUAGUUAGUUAAAAGAAAAAAGCUUUGAUUUUUUUUUUCAUUACUCUUAAUCUUUAUGGAGUGGAUGAUGAUUUUGGGGUAAUAAUUUUUGAUUUGUUUGUUUUGUUUGUGGAAUGGAGUGUAAUGGGUGAUUAUAUUCUUUGUUUGUAUUGUGUGAAAAACGCAAUGAAUACCAGAAGAAGAAAGGAAAGUGUAGGUUUUGAAA